ACGUGAUAUUGUGGUAACGGUUUGGCAACGUGCCCGAUGUAACGGUACGUGAAAUAGGUUUUCAUUGGUUAAUGUAUUGUCCGAAUAGUUUCGUAAAAUUUAAAAACGAAUUUCAAUUAUUCACUUUUUGAUAAAAUCCGAGAAAUAAAUGCGCUUUUACAGAGUAAUAUUUUAAUUUUGAAUGACAAUACCCCUAAAAGCAAAAAUUUUGCGUAUCAAAAAUCGACAAAGAGAAGUAACCAAUGAAAUGUUCGGUAACAUAAAGUUUGGCAAAAGACCGCGAAAAGAAUUGCUGCUCCAUUGAGAAUGUUUUUGUUUACAGUUUACUACAAAGGGAUUUUCCAAUAAUUAAGCGGUUGGAGUUGCAUUUAUGAUUGUGCAUUAGGUAUUGUUAAUGACUAUGUGUAUCGUGUAUGAAAUGGGUUGAGGAAAUGUGAACGCAAGAAAAUGGAUGUGUACCCAAGUCCACGACCAACCCCCAAAUUCUUUCCAGAACCCCAAACAUUUUCCACCAAAAAGGCACGCUCCACUCCCAGGAAUUGUGGGCCACCGAGACCUCCUGUGAAGAGUGCCCCUCCCAUCAGUCGAAUAUUUCCACAUCGUCCUAUUGAGAGGGCCCAGGUUGUGUCAUUUCGUAGUGACGAAGGAAACAAAUCAUUUUUAGAGAACCAGUACAACAGCAGCAGUAACCAUUUGUACUUUGAGCAAGGAUUCAAAGUUAUCAGCCGUCUAGGAGCCGGAUCUUUUGGAGAGGUUUUCAAAGUCCAAAGUAAAGAAGAUGGCAAGUUUUAUGCAAUAAAGAAGUCUCGGGAUCCUUUCAGAGGUGAAUCAGACAGGAAAAGGAAGUUUGAAGAAGUGGCAAAACAUGAGACUUUACAACCCCAUUCAAACUGUGUUCGUUUCUAUAGAGCUUGGGAAGAACGUCAGCAUCUCUAUAUCCAAACUGAGCUCUGUAAACUGAGCUUGACGGACUACACUGAACAGAACCAUGAUUUGUCUGAGGCAACCAUAGCUAACUACCUGGUGGAUCUGUUGAUGGCACUGAAACAUUUACAUGACCACAACCUCGUGCACAUGGACAUCAAACCAGACAACAUUUUCAUCUCCUUUGAUGCUAUAUGCAAGUUGGGAGAUUUUGGACUUGUUUUGGACCUCACUAAGAGUAAUGAUAUAUCUGAGGCCCAAGAAGGGGAUCCAAAAUACCUCUCACCAGAAUUAAUGGAUGGCAAAUUUGGAAAGCCAGCAGAUAUAUUUAGUCUUGGGAUGACUAUAUUGGAGUUGGCAAGUGACCUUGACCUUCCCAGAGGUGGGGAAGGCUGGCAUAUGUUGCGCUCUGGGCAGCUACCAGAGGAAUUCCUGAGAGACAAGUCUUUUGACUUGAAAUAUGUGAUACAGCAAAUGUUGGAUCCUGAUCCAAAGAGUCGCCCUACAAUUGACCAAGUCUUAGCCUUUCCAUAUGUCAGAAAAGUAUGGAAAAGAAGGCGACGAGAAUACAUGUACAAAAGAGCUGUAAGUGCUGUAUCAGCCAUGCUCCACAGCAUCCUGGCCUUCCUGUUUCUUGUCACCAGCGUGUUCACACCGGGCUACUGGAGAAACUCCAGACUGAGCAUUAGCUCCAGCAGCAACCUCAAUAGCAGCUACAGCAACCACAACUCAAGUGGGCUCGACCACAGUAUUUCUGAUGAUGAAUGUUUUGAAGAUGACAUUAGUAUUCACAAUAACUCCAUGGGGUCGCCAUUAGACAGUUCUUCUGGAGACAGUUUUAGUGAAUUCAUCAUUCCUUGUAAACCACCUCCAAGAAGAGCAUUUACAUCACCAAUGUCAAGACAACGACCUUUGAACUACAUCAAUCAGCCUAUGAGUUCUUCUCCAGUGCUCAACAAAUCCAGAAAACCUGAUACACCAAACACCAGCUUUGAGAGUAGUUUUGACGAUGAGCGGUCGGUCACUCCCACUUUCAACAGUAGCAACAACAACUUGGUAGAGGGGGGAGAAGAGUCGACCAAAAUUAGCAUCGAACCCAAAAAUCUGAUGGAUAUGUUCGAUGCCACAAGUGACGAAGAUUAGUGGUUUGUUGUGAGAGGAACGAUGGAGAAUUGCACAAAUACACAAAGUAGCAAGCGUGUUAACUAGGUUACUGCUGUUUUUAUAUGUGUUCAACUAGCACCAACUGCCUUAGACACUUCACCGCAUUGUGUUCAUAGGAAGAGUGUGAACUUGUUCAAGAUUGACUGCUGACAGCAUCGGCAAUAGCUGUGAAUAGUGCUUGUUGUCAUUGUACAUUUAUGUGGAUUUGAGUAUUUUGGAUUUUUUAAUUAACUGGAAGAGUUUUUAAGCACAAGGACUAGUGUAGACAUACAUUUUCUGUUGGUAAUUAUUAAUAUUUAAGUCAUGUCCUUUUUUUAAAUUUACUUGUGUAAAUUAUAUUAUGAAUUUCAUCGAUUCUUUGUAAACUUGCCAAAACCAUCAACUCACCUGAUUUACAAAAUUCAUUUCAUGUAUCAUGUGAUAUUUUGAUAUUAUAAUCCCACAAAAAGCUGCCAUAAACAGUCUUGAGCCAUUCAGGUGCUUGUUCCGAUAUACUUAUAUAGCUAAUAGGGCCACCAUUUGUGUUUCAUUCUACUUAAAUAAAGUACCACAGACUCUAUGAAACGGUACUUUCUAUUGAAUAGUUGUAGUACUAAUUCAGAGCUUUGGGAGAAAUGUGUAUUCUCUAUAUUGAUAGUAAUUAUGAGGGAUAUGGAAUAGAUUAUUACUACAUGAUGCUUCUGCUGACAGUAUGGAAAUAACUGAAUGAUUAUGUAACAAUUUUGUUAUCAUUUAUAUAAUUUGUUGCCAGUGUUAUUUUUUGUUACUCUCUCUGUAGGAUUAGUUAGUUGGAUAAGUAAUGACAGGCUUAUUUUGUUACAUUAUUUUAUUGAAAAGCUUGAUUUCAUUUUAAUUCACUCUCAAAUAUGGAAAUGCAACACUUUGUACUCUUGGCUUCUAGAGUGAAAUAAAGAAGUUACAGAUA